GUGGUGGGAUAGGGGCCGGGGCCGGGCGCCCAGCGGAGGGACACGGCUGGAUACUUGGACCCUGACCUCACCUGCGCCCCCACCCCUGGCCCGGGCUCGAGUCAGGGUCAGGGUUAAUCUUCAAUCCCGUUAGGUAUCCUCUGCCCUGUUAGCAGCUCUCGAAUCUCGGACUUCGGGCUUGGACCUCAUCGGGCCUCCGGGGCCCCGGCACAAGGGCCGGUUUGCCGGCAACCAGUUGACCUCUACCGGGCGUGCAGGCCCCUCCACGCCGAGCUGGAAAUACGCGUCACCAUGUCAUGUGGCCCGUGUUUUGGACCGUGGUGCGUACCUAUGCUCCCUAUGUCACGUUUCCUGUGGCCUUCGUGGUCGGGGCUGUGGGCUACCACCUGGAAUGGUUCAUCCGGGGAAAAGAUCCCCAGCCCGUGGAGGAGGAGAAGAGCAUCUCAGAGCGUCGGGAGGACCGAAAGUUGGAUGAGCUGCUAGGCAAGGACCACACCCAGGUGGUGAGCCUGAAGGACAAGCUGGAAUUUGCCCCUAAAGCUGUCCUGAACAGAAACCGCCCGGAGAAGAAUUAGUGGAGGACACAGGGCCAUAUGGGUCCUUCCAUAGGCCGUGACUGGUCCUGCCACCAUGUUGACCCAGCUCCAGAAUCCACAUCUGAUUUGCGUUGUUGCUUAUUCUGGCCCCUCGGGCACCACCCGGCCACACACAUACUGGGUGCUCUUCUACAGCCAGGCACACGGACACACUAGAAGCUGAGGGGCCAGUGAAGAGGAAGGCCCUGGAGGGUUCUGGCCUGCAGGCUGCAUCUGUUGUAUGGUGGGCACAACUGCCCAGGCUUCUGGGCGCACUGCUGGGAGUAGUGUUAUGAGAUGAACCUGGGCUGUCGGUCCCUGCAGGGAGGCAGUUUGGCCUCAAGCUGAAGUGCAUGGGAUUGGGGUGUUGCCUUAAGAGAGAUACCUCAUGUCUAGUUCUCAUUUGCAUGGGAAGAUUUCAGAAAUCUACCUGGUUCCUUCCCUCGUUUGCCCAGUCCUUUGUGCUCACUCUUGCUGAAACCCUGUCCUACCAGCUCAGGAAAGGGGGGGACUCGCUGGGGAAGGGCUGUUCUUGGCAGCCCAAGGCUGUUCACCUUGGGGUAGGUGAAUCUGCUUGAAAAUCUUCACCAUCUUGCAUCCCCCCCCAUCACUGUAUAGUGCAAAACUUGAUUAAAGUGGCAUCUGAGAACCAUA